UUUAUAUACGCUUUUAGAUCUAACUUUUAUAAUUUUUGUUAGUUAAUCUGGUCUUAAACUUAGAACAAACUAACAAAAAAAUUCAAAAGAUUUUUGAGUUUUCUGAAAAUGUCUCAGCUUCAGCUUAACCUUCAUCACCACCAUUACUAUCUCUCCCUCCCACAUUCUUCUUCUCUUUGUUCCAGAUUCCCAUCUUUACCCUCCUUACAUCGCCGCCGUGCUCCCCUCUCUCUCAACUCAACUGACUCCACCGUCUUUCUUCCUCUCACCGCCGUCAGAUCUCGUCUCAGUGACUCAGAUAUUACCCCAAAGUUUGAAUUGAGUAAAGGACAACAAGAAGAGAAAAAACAGAACCGAGCAAAUGGCAUAGUCUUGAUCAUACUUACCAAUCUUGCCAUAUUUAUGUCUGAACACUUGUAUAACGUUCGCGCCAUCAAAUCUAUGUAUUUGUAUAGCGAUAAUCCCGUGUGGUACCAGUUUGUGACUUCCACGUUCUGUCAUGCUGACUGGAACCAUCUCUCAAGCAAUCUUUUCUUCUUAUACAUCUUUGGAAAGAUUGUUGAAGAAGAAAAAGGAUCUUUUGGUUUGUGGAUGUCCUACUUGUUUACUGGUGUUGGAGCUAACUUGGUUUCGUGGUUUGUUUUACGGCCAAAUUCAGCUUCUGCUGGCGCCUCGGGUGCUGUUUGUGGGUUAUUUGUGAUCAGUGUUCUCCUCAAGAUGUCUCGGGAUUGGAUAAGAUUCCUUGAAGUUCUUGUAUUGGGUCAGUUCGUUUUGAAGAGGGUAUAUGAAGCAGCUCAGGGUUCUACUGGAUUAUUAGAAACUAUAUUUGGUGGCUUUACGUCCAUGAAAGUUGUUCAGACUCUCAAACCCAUUGCGGAGUUCUCUGGUGCUCUUGUUGGUGUUCUCUUAGUUUGGCUUCUUAGCAAAUUUCCCUAUGAACUUGUGAAUCAAGAAGUUAAAAAGUUCCUCCAAAAGUGAGGUAACAAUAGAAUGCAAAGCUGAUGUAACGAUUGAUCUUUGUUAAACUGAAGCGCAAAACCGAGAGUGUCUGUGACUACUAAUUCUUUUGCAGCCGAGUUGUGUAAACUGCUUUGUUCUAUGUUACUGCUCAUUAAGAGGUUCUUUUACUUCUCCAAAUUUAUGUCUGCAGUUAUUGAAAACAGCAACUGUACAAUAAUGCCAUUUCUUUUAUACAAGACCAUUCUGCUGUAAUGUACAUAUAGUGAGUUCUCAAAGUAUUGACUCUGAAAUUUCAACAGAA